AUGGUAGGGCCCGAUGCUUUCGUUCCAAGCGCGAGAAUAAGACCUCCGCUGAGUACUGCGCCGCCACGGCACCGCGUUGAAGGUUUGCCGCUGACUCGACGAACACCAUGGAGCCUCCCCUGCACGCACAGCAGCGCGCAGCAGCAGGCCGAUAACGGCCACGGCAGCAGCGAGCACCACGACGACGACGACGUUCGUUCGACGCCUCAGCGACGACCACCACCUGCGGCGAACGGCCCGGCCUCCGUCGUGCGCUUUCGCGUGCUGCGAGGCGGGAACCCCCGCGACAACGCCGCCGCCGCCGCCGCCGCCGCCACCCCCGAAGCCGACCUCGUGGAAGUCUCCCUCGACCGACCCGACAGCGGCGGCGGCAUGGCCAACAACCCCCAAGACCUGAGAGAGUUCCUGUUCCUGGUGAGGUCAAGCCAGCCGGGGUCUAUAGGCGAGGAUCUGCAGCGGCGGGGCGUUCGCGUUUUUCCGGAGGAGGCGUUUGCUGACGCGGAGGCGGAGUUAGGGGCCGGCGGGGGAGAAGGAUCGGCGCCGGCGGGCGCGGGGGGGGGUGAGGAGGGGCUGUCGGGGGUCGGGUGGACGGGCGGGAGGCCGCUGCCUCUCGACACGCCGAUGACGGAACUUCCGAGAGACGGGGAGGGACGCGUCCGGCUCGUUCUUUGGGACCCCUGCGGUCCGACCCACCCCUUGGUACGGGCCGUGAGCGUCGAGCCUUCGAAAGACGCCUCCGUCAUGGUGCUCAAUUUCCUCUUGCCUGAGGAUAGCCGGCGGCACGACGGCGGGGAAGGGACGGCGGGAGAAGGCGGGGGUUGCAGCAGCGGCUACGGCAGCGACUUCAACGAGUCGCGCUCGGCCGUGGUGUUCCGGAAGUGGUUCACGGUGGAGCAGCAGCAGGUCAUCGCCGAUUCUCUCGCGAGCCAGAUGUUUGCAGAGGACGAUGACGAGGGUCCCGGCUUAGACGUAGAUCGGGAACACUUCCCCCUCCUCCGAGACAGAGCGGCGCUGGCGGCGGUUGGGGACAGCAUGCUUUCCGCCCUUUCUUCGGACCGGUUCUCGGGAGAGGUCGGGGGCCGUGAUCCUCCUGUGCCCACAAGGGCGAACAGAGAGUUCAACGCGGUGUGCUACGGUGCGCAGGCCAAGAUGCAGGAGCACAGGGAUACUUGGAAAGAGUGGACGCUGAUCGUCUCCAUCGGCAACACGAUCCCGUUCGACCUGGGUGUGUCUCAGGGCCGCCCGGACAUUAGGCUGGAGCUAGCCUCCGGGGAAGGGCUCCUUUUCAACGGGUACGAGCUCUUUCACGAGGUGCACGGUGUCAAACCGGGGACCGCCCCCGCCUUUUGGGAGAACCACGCGCUGAAUGCCAAGGGCGGCUUCGCCAGGGUGGGCUUUCUGUCCAUGAAGAGCUUCAACAGCAAGGGGGUGUCCGCGCCCACGUGGGGUGUCGAAAAGGGCACUUGAGCAGGCAACGCUAAAGCUUGACACAAGCGGCAGAUGCGGCAAUAUUAAAUAUGCAUAGGGAGGGCUGACUCAACGACGGCGAGUUUCGACGUCCGCCCCCGCCACCCCAUGAUGUCGUAUUUUGUCUAUCCAUGUUUCAUCGCCGUUGGUGGCGGCGGUCUCUUCGGUUGCGAUUGGCGGUGGGGUGUUUUGGCUGUAAAUGUCUGUUUCGGCGCGAGAAGGUGUGGG